AUGAACACGCGAGCAUCAGUAGCCUACGGCUGGGGCAUUCUCUGCCUGGCCGGCGGAGGAGCAUACUACUUCGCCAAACGCAGCAUCAACGCCGACCGCGAACAACGAGCAGCACUCGUCGAACAGCGACGACAAGACCGAGAGCGUCUACGGGUUACCGAAAGCGGACUACGAGACGACAAGAUGUCUGAGACUCGAGCACCGAACGCAGAUAAGCUGCGACCAAGGGACCCGGCGCCGGUCGAGCAUUCGAAGGAUCAGGCGGCGGAAGAGCAAGGGUCACGGUUCGAGGCGAAGGAGCCUUGGCGGAGUAGGAAGGGAGACAGAUUCAGUUGA